AUGGGCGUCGCUGGGCUGCUGAAAGCGCUGAGCGACGUGCAGCAGCAGGUGCACAUCUCGGAGUAUCGAGGUUUGCGAGUGGGCGUGGAUGCCUACUGCUUGCUCCACCGCGGGAAGCUGGGCUACGCGGACGCGCUGCUGCGGGCGAGCCCGAGCUGCCGGAGCCUGGAGAGCCUCGGAGCCGCCGCGGGUGGAGCCGCGCAGGAGGCGCUCCUAAGGCCGAUCCUUGACCUGGUCACGGCCCUCCGUGCUGUGGGCGCGGAGCCCACGUUGGUCUUCGACGGCGGGCCGCUGCCCGCGAAAGACGCCACCGAGCGCUCGCGUCGCCAGGCACGCGAUGCUGCUAUGUGGCGCGCAGCGGUCUCUGCCAACUCCGCACCAUCUGCAAAGCUCCUGGGAGGUGCAGUAGAUAUCACGCCGGACAUGGCGGCGAAGUGCGUUCAGCGCAUACGAUCUACGGGCGUGAGCUGCAUCGUGGCGCCCUGCGAGGCGGAUGCCCAGCUGGCCUUCCUGGCGCUGAAUGCGCGGGUGGACGUCUGCAUCAGCGAGGACGUGGACCUCCUGGCCUUCGGCUGCCAGCGGGUGCUCUACGGCCUGGACCUGCGCUCGGGCUGCGGCCAGGAGCUGCGGCGCGCGGAGCUGCGGCGCUCCAAGGGCCUGGCGCCCUACCGCCUCGACCCGGAGACACUGGCAGACCUCUGCGUGCUGGGUGGCUGCGACUACUUGCCUUCCUUGCCGCGGCUUGGCCUUCGCACUGCUGCGCAAUUGUUGCACCGCGGCAAAGGAAGUGUGUCCCGCGCCCUGCAGCUGGCCCGGCGCGAGGGCAUCACGGUGCCCAGCGAGUACGGCCGGCGCUUCGCAGAGGCGCGCCUGGUCUUCUCGUGCCAGGCGGUCUUCAACGACGAGACGCGGGAGCUGCAGCCGUUGCGUCCGUUGCCCGUCUCCGCGGACGCUCAUUGCCGGAAGCUGCUGGGGCUGAACCUCAGUCAUUCUGCAGCUGGGACGCAGUGGGAAGCCUUCAAGUGA